CUUUCCCGCACAAGAACUCAGAAUUGUUUCGCCUGUAUCCCUCAACACCGAUAUCAACUCACAGCCGGCAGGAUGAAGUACAUUCAUUCCCAGGAGCUCCUUGAGAUCCCCGAGGGGGUCAAGGUCAGCAUUAAGUCGCGAAUUGUCACCGUUGAGGGUCCCCGCGGCAAGCUGGUCAAGGAUCUCAGCCACCUGGCUGUCAACUUCACCGUCCCCAAGAAGAACCAGAUCUCCAUCGAGAUUCACCACGGUGUCCGCAAGAAUGUCGCUACCCUCCGAACUGUACGAACCCUCAUCAACAACCUGAUCAUUGGUGUCACCAAGGGCUUCAAGUACAAGAUGCGAUACGUCUACGCCCAUUUCCCCAUCAACGUCAACGUCUCCAAGAACGCCGAGACCGACCUGUACGAGGUUGAGAUCCGAAACUUCAUCGGCGAGAAGCUCGUUCGCCGAAUUGUCAUGCAGCCUGGUGUCGAUGUUGAGGCUUCCACCACCCAGAAGGAUGAGCUCGUCCUCUCUGGUAACUCUCUGGAGAACGUGUCGCAAAGUGCCGCCGAUAUCCAGCAGAUCUGCCGGGUGCGAAACAAGGAUAUCCGAAAGUUCCUUGACGGUCUGUACGUCUCCGAGAAGGGCAACAUUGUCCAGGACGAAUAAGCGCGGGUACGGACACGGAUCUUGUUUCUUUUGCGUUUCUGGGUCUC